CUGUCCAUCUCCCACUCUUCUCUGUACAUCACUAUCAUCAUUGUGAAGGUGGUGUGAGUGGCAGGGCUAGGAGGAAGACACGCAGCAUCAGCACAGGCAUCCCCAACAUCAUCGUCACUCAGAAUUCCUUCACCUAACAGGACAGAAUGGCAGAGGGCUCCGUAUCAGUAGCAGAGGUGGAGACAUCCUUCAAGAAGUUUGCCAUUCAUGGGGACACCAAAGCUACUGGGAAGGAGAUGAACGGGAAGAACUUUGCCAAACUCUGCAAGGACUGCCGGGUCAUCGACGGCAAGAACGUCACUGCCACCGAUGUGGACAUUGUCUUCACUAAAGUCAAGGCGAAGACAGCUCGUGUGAUCGCCUUUGAGCAGUUCAGCCAGGCCCUGUCAGAGUUGGCCCCGAAGCGUUUUAAAGGGAAGUGCCAGGAGGAGGCGCUGCAGCAGCUCUAUGGCCUCAUAGCAGGGAGGGAGCCUGCCAACGCUGGCGUCACUAAAGUGGCCAAGGCAGCGGCGGUGGACAGACUGACAGACACCACCAAAUUCACAGGGGCACACAAGGAGCGGUUUGACGAGUCGGGCAAGGGGAAGGGCAAGGCCGGGCGAGUAGACAUUCCAGAUGCCAGUGGCUAUGUGGGUGCCUACAAGGGCAAGGGCACCUAUGAGGAUAAGGUCAAGGAAGCAUAGGCAGGACAGAGGGAGAGAGAGCGAGAUAUGCUCAGUCAGAUCCCACUAUUUACCCCAAAGACACCCCCCUAAAUAGUGUAAUUUAAGUGAGAACUUAUGUAUAUUAAUGCACAUACUGCGCAGGUAGGAUGGGCUGGUCAGUCACUGAGUCAAAGUAUUAUAUGUCCUUUAACGUUGCAUGUUGGGGUGGUGGUUGUUAUGAUGGAGAGGGGAGGUGUAAUGGUGAGGAGUAAACCUGGAUAGAAAACAAAACAGUGACCAAAUUCUAUGUCAAUAAAAACGUGAAUAAUAUUUAGAUAUAUUCACCUUCCCAAGCGCUCAAACCCCUGACCCUAUCCCUCCCAGCUUCACUAGAUGCCUCUGUAUGAGUCGUUUUUUAUUUGUUUAUGUGUUGGGUAUAAUAUAUAAUGAACAGAAAUAUUAACGCAUCAUGCAACAAUGUCAACAAUUUGACUGAGUUACAGUUCAUAUAAGGACAUCAGUCAAUUGAAAUAAAUUCAUUAGGCCCUAAUCUAUGGACAGGGGCGCAGCCAUGCAGCAUUUCUCCUUUGCCAAGAUAAUCCAUACACC